AUGGCAAUUAAGGAGAUGUUUAAGAAGAAUAAGGAACUGCAUAAGCCUUACACAACAAUCAUUCAAACUCGAUGGGAUAGACAUCUGAAGACUAAUCUUCAUGCGGCAUCGUAUUUGUUGAAUCCUACAUUUACAUAUGGUCCAGACUGUCCUAGCAAGUCAAAAUUGAUGAUGGCUUUGAUUGAUGUUGUGGAGUCUUACUUAGAUGAGGAUAUUGAUGGCUUCCUGCGUGUUACAAUGCGUAUUCUUAGUCAAACUUCUGCUUCUUCUGGUUGUGAGAGGAAUUGGAGCUUAUUUGAAAGAAUUCAUACCAAAAGAAGAAACAGAUUGGAACAUAAAAGGCUGAAUGAUUUGGUUUUCACCAAUUAUAAUCUGCGACUGAAGCAUAGGAUUACAUUGAAGAAGAGCAAAAGUUAUGAUCCAAUUGACUAUGAAAACAUUGAUAUGGUGGAUUUUUGGGUUGCUGAAGAAGAUCCCACUCCGAAAUUUGAUGAUAGAGAUGUGGCUUCAUUCGAAAGCAUCCUUAACAAUGAGGGCAUUGCUAAUUCAACAACUUUUGAGAAGGCUAAUGAAGGUGAUGAAGAUAUGGACAUUGCUGACCCUCCACCUUUACAAGAUGAUGUUGUUGCUCCUGCUUUUCCAUGUCCAGCUGUUGACAUCUUAGUCCAUGCCAAUGAUCUUAGUGAUGAUUUUGAUUUUCCAUAG